CAAAAACUUAUAAAGAAUCAGUCAAUUGGUGCUGCCUUGCCCUUCCCCUGGGAUCUAAUCCAAGAAGAAGAAAGUGAAAAGCUUUUUGCAUAAACCACACCGUCAUCCAAAUUUCCUUCCUCUCCCCUCACUACCCAGAUCGCCUAAAUAUAGCAGCAGCUUUUGUUUUUUCCAAUUUUUAAUUUCUGGGUAUCGUCCGAGGUUUGACAAAGCUCUGAACUUUCUGAUUCUCUGUGGAAGUUUCUCUUCUGGGUUGCGUGUAGAAUCUUAGCUAGAUUUGUGGGGAGGAUUUGAAAGAACUGUGGUGAGAAAUGGAUGGUUCAAGAGGGAGGAGGGCGGAGAAGAGAGGUUAUGAGCAGGGUGUUGAAGAUGAGAGUGAUCACUUGCCUGAUUCGAAGAAGCCCAAAAUGCCUGCUUUAGCAAGGCCUUCAGUUUUGUGGAUCCGAUGGGGAAUUUUGGUGAUCUCGAGACAGUUUAGGGGUCUGGGGAAACUGAUAUUAAGAAUCUAGGGAUUAUCCACUCAGAGAUGAAGGCAGAAGGGGGAACACUAAAGGCCUUCCAUAGUACCCGUCUUCAAUUUGCCCUGGAUUUCACAGGCAAGCUUGCUGAUUGUUGAACUUAUUAUGCAGCGUGAUUGUGGAAGCUUUGAAGGUUGAUAGUUUGCAAAGACUAUGCUCAUCUCUAGAGCCUCUCUUCCGCAGAAUUGUCAGUGAAGAAGUUGAACGUGCUCUCUCGAGGAUGGGAAAUGCUACAUUGCCAGGAAGAUCGCCACCACCAAAAUUAACUGGUCCAGGGGGCAACGCCCUACAACUCCAUUUCCAAACACGGAUGCCACCUCAUCUCUUCACAGGUGCAAGAAUAGAGGGGGAACAAGGAGCAGCCAUCCACGUCGUCCUGAUAGACUCAUCCACGGGUAGUGUCGUCCAUAUGGGACCAGAAUCAGCAGCCAAACUGAAUGUUGUGGUUCUUGAGGGCGACUUCAAUGAGGAAAAUGAGGAAGACUGGACGCCGGAACACUUUGAGAACUACGUGGUCAAGGAACGUGAAGGGAAGAGACCAUUAUUGACCGGCGAGCUGCAGGUGGUUCUCAAGGAAGGUGUAGGAACUCUGGGAGAUCUCAGUUUCACUGAUAAUUCGAGCUGGAUAAGGAGCAGGAAGUUCAGGCUUGGUGUGAAAGUUGCCGAUGGACAUUGUGAUGGGGUUCGUGUUCGUGAGGCCAAGACCGAGUCUUUUGCUGUUAAGGAUCACAGAGGAGAAUUGUACAAGAAACACUACCCACCAGCUUUACAUGACGAAGUUUGGAGAUUGGAUAGAAUAGCGAAAGAUGGAGCACUGCACAAGAAAUUGGUGAAGUCCCAGAUCGAGACAGUCGAAGAUUUCCUCCGGAUACUCGUUAGGGAUCCACAGAAACUGAGAAGCAUUCUCGGAAGUGGAAUGUCAAAUAGAAUGUGGGAGAACACAGUGGAGCAUGCCAAGACCUGUGUCUUAGGAGGAAAGCUGUAUGUUUACUACACUGAUGGAGCUCAUAGCACGGGAGUUGUGUUCAACCAUAUAUGUGAGCUAAGAGGCCUUAUAUCUGAAGGACAGUUUGUCUCCCUUGAAUCACUUGACCACAAUCAAAAGCUUUCAGUGGAUUCUAUAGUUAAGAGAGCCUAUGAGAACUGGCAUCAGGUCAUAGAAUACGAUGGCAAGGUCCUCACUGCUCUGGCAGCCAGCAAGCCCCCAAAGAAAGCCUUGCCUCCUCCACCUGUCUCCACAACUAACUAUGACGCGCAACAACAUUUUGUACCAAGCAAUCAAAACAAGCAGCUCUACAUCUCCCCAGACCCACCACUUCCAUCUCAGCUGAUCGACUUCCCAUUCGUGAGGCCAGAUCAUCACCAUCAAGCCACAUCAGCAACCACCGCCACCAUGAGCAGCAGCAGUCAUCAACAACAGCAACAGCAAGCUGCAGCAUUGACCAGCAGCAGCAUGGACUUCAUGUCAGUGGGUACACCCGGGUACCACUCUGGAGGAGACUUUUUCGCGGAGGAAAUCAGGAUGAGAAGCUUGGAGAUGUUGGAAGGAGACGAUAUGCAGAGGCUGCUAAGGUCAUUUGGCAUGGGAAUGGGUGGGCUUCGGUGGGCCUGGCGAUGGUGGUUAUUCUUACAACAUUCAAGGAGAUGGAGGAGGAGGAUAUCAGCCUCAGAUGGAUCAAGUGUAUGCGUCGCAGGAUCGUGGAAGAAGUUCCGGGAAAGCUGUUGUUGGUUGGCUGAAGCUGAAGGCUGCAUUAAGGUGGGGAAUCUUUGUUAGGAAGAGGGCUGCAGAGAGAAGAGCUCAGCUAAUUGAACUCGAUUGAUUACUUUUUUUCCCCUUUUGUGUUCCAUUGUUUGGAGUCUAACAGGUGGAGUUAGGAGCUUUAUAUGAAUUCUUUUAAUGUUUGAUUGAUUCAAUGACUUGUUGAGAUACACUGGUGAACAUUAGAGGUCCUUUUUUAACUUGACAGAGAGUUCAAAUGCUUGAUAUUGAGAUUCUUUUGUUGUAAUACAUUGUUCUUAUUGUUAAAGACAAGGCAAGUUGAAGGAACUUCAAAGCUUUUAUU